AUGGCCUCCCAAGAAACUGAUAGUGCAGAGCAGGGCACAGCCCCAGAAGCUGGUAGCCCAGGGAGCAGGGCAGAACCAGAGGAGGUGAACGCUUCUACCUACCAGCCUAUUGACGAACCACUCAAGUACCAGAUGGAAACACAAGCCCUUGGGGCUGUCCAGAUCCUAACUGGCGUACUGGUUCUGGCUCUUGGUGCUGUACUAGGCAUGCUACAGUACCUAUCGAAUCUCCGACAUGCCUUUUUCUUUACCUUCUACACAGGGUACCCAUUCUGGGGUGCUGUAUUUUAUAUUAGUUCAGGAUCCAUCACUGUUGCAGCUGGAAGUAAACCCACAAAAACAUUGGUGCAAAAUGCCUUUGGGAUAAACAUUUCCAGUGCUACAAUUGCACUAACCGGAAUUGUUUUCCUCUCACUGAAUUUAGCAGUUAAUAUUAAGUCACUCCAGGGCUGUCAGUCAUCGCAGUCAAAGGACUUAUGCAUAUCCAUGGGAUCCUCAUCAACUGGCCUUGUGUGCCUAAUGCUGAUCCUGACCUUGCUGGAAUUAUGCAUAACCAUGUAUAUCAUAAUCAUGUGGUUCAAAGUAAACUGCUGUGAAUCAAGACAGGAAACUUUCUCACUCCCAUAUUCAGUGGAAAAAGGAAUGCCUUCUGAUGGAAAUAAAUGAGACAUCAAGAAAACACAAUUUUAAAUCUCCGAUGAGUCACAGACCUAUUCAAAAACUCAAACAUGAACCCGUGGCACAAACUACGAGAAACUUUCACCUGGAAAUUUUCUCAGACAUCCAAGU